AUGAAUUUUACAGUGUAUUAUCAUGAUUUAAAGUCAAAAAAUUUGUCAUUUGUAUUUAACUUCUUGCUUAAUUAAGUAGAAUAAUUGUAGAUUAUCUAACUAACUUAAAUUCAAGUGCUUGUUAUUAUAAUAAAAGAGUAGAUUUUUAGUAAUUUAGGCAAAUAGAAAUUAAUUCCACUAUCAAUAUAUAUUAUCGUAUUCUAAUCUAAAAUUGUGAUUUAUUUGAUGGUUAUAAUUAUAUUGUGCCAAUUUAUUAAGGGUUUUUUGAUAAUAAGAUAUAAUUAGUUCUUCUUGAAGGUGAAGAAAUUAUAUAAAAAUUUAACAAUGCAGAAGAUAUUCACACUUGAUGAUAAAAUUGUCCAGAUUCCCGAAUGCUCAAUCUGCUUAUUACCCUUAAACAAUGAUCUCUGCACUAUAGUGGAUUGUGGCCAUGUUUUUCAUAAAGGAUGUGUUGCCAGCUUGAAAACGAGUGGUUUCUAAUAAUGCCCAGUUUGCAGGGUGCAGAUGAAGAACGUAUGUGAUAUCUUUUAUACGAUUAAAAUAAAAGAUGUCUAAGAUGAGCCUAAAUAUAUGGCAUAUAUGAUUUAAAUUAUUACUUUAAAAGAAGAAAUUGAGAAAUUAAAACAGAGUGAUAAGGAUCAUCAUGAGAAAGUAUUUGCUUUAUAAAAAAUCUUGAGUAGAAAAGACCUAAAGAUUUAGUUACUGAGAUAACAUAAUAAAAAUUAGAAAGUAAAAUAUAAGGAUUUGAAUAGUAUAUUUAUUUCAGAACAUAACUAAAUAAUAGAUCUAUAUCGUUACUUUGGAAAUAUAAUGAAAAAUUGGCAUAUGAAUGAUCAUAUACCAAAUUUACUUAAAGGUUAAUAAUCUUCAAACUCAUAAUCUUCAGAAUAGAAUUAAAGUGAAUCACAAGAUGAGGAAGAAUAGUAGUCAUCGGAUUAGAUGGAUUAAUUUGAAGAUUAAUAAAAUAAAGUUGCUUAUUUUUUCAAAUAACUCACAUCUUUACUAGAAGAUAAGUUAAAGUAAAAGAAAAAAGCGGAAGAAGAUAAGAUAAUACUAUAAUCAAAGAGUUAAAAAAAGUAAUGCCUAAAAGAGAUUUAAUCUUUUGAGAAAACUCAAAGAUAACAUAAAUGA